AUGAAUUCUUCUGUUUGUGUGUCCAGGAAGCAGCACAUAAGCCUUGCAGACGCCAGUACGAUUCUCUUUAAACUACGUGAUAACAUAUUCCGUGAGUUUGAUAAGGAAUACGAGAAGAAAUCUGGAUUUCCCACUCAUUUUCCCGCGAAGGAGUUUCGUGAGCUGGAGAUCAUCUACGGGAACAGCGUGCAGAAGGCCAUAGAUAUCCUGAAGGAAAAGCGUGUGCAGCGUUGCACUGAAUGUCCUGGUGAAUUCCAGCAGUUCAAGAUUAAGGGCGGCCAGGGAAACUUUUAUCACUUAGCCGAGAAUUCCCUGAUCUGUCGCUGUCCAGCAUUCAAGCGGCUGUUCUACGCCAACGCGACACACUUUCAGUGCAAGCAUAUCCUGGCCAUUCAGUUGAUGAAGUACUUCGACAGCAGUUUUACGCCAUCGGCUAAGAAGAAAUAUUGA